CGGUGAACUGCUGUGGAUUUUAUUGUAUCUGUUAUAUUCAACCGUGGUCGGAGUCUAAAUCAGACAGACGUGGUUUUCUGUAACACACGCAUCGUCAUGAUGGGGCGCAAGAUGAGCUGCUUUGUCUUGCUCCUGCUCUGGCAAGCCGCGAACGGGGACGUGAGCUACUCGAUGCAAGAGGAAAUGAAGCGCGGAUCGCAUAUUGGGAAUAUAGCGAARGAUCUSAACCUGGACAUGAACAAACUGUCUUCUAGAAAUGCCCGUGUUGACGCAGCAGGAAACCGCAAACGAUAUUGUGACAUCAAUCUCGGWACUGGGGACUUGAUCGUUUCCGACAGGAUCGACCGAGAGGAGCUUUGUGGAGAAAAGCUGUCGUGUGUCAUGAAACGCGAUCUCGUUCUGGAGAAUCCUCUGGAGCUGCAUCCAUUCAGUCUCCACAUUCAGGAUAUUAAUGAUAACUCACCRCAGUUUAACGAAGAMAUUAUCAAUUUAGAAAUUCRAGAGUCGGCUGWCARGGGAGCUCGUUUUGUGAUAGAGGAGGCGCAYGAUGCGGAUGUAGGACAGAAUUCAGUUCAACAAUACAGCUUGAAGAAGAAUGAUAAUUUCAUCUUGGCUGUUAAUGGAAACACACUCGAGCUUGUUCUUGAUAAAGAGCUUGAUCGUGAAAAACUAGGAGACAUGAAUCUGCUCCUUACAGCUCUAGAUGGUGGMUCUCCUCAGAGAUCAGGUACCGUAGUUAUACACGUCACUGUGCUGGAUGCUAAYGAUAACGCCCCAGUGUUYAGUCAGGCYGUUUAUAAAGCCAGUCUGCCUGAAAACUCUCCUUUAGAUACUGUGGUGGUCACAGUGAGCGCGACUGAUGCAGAUGAGGGAGUGAAUGGAGAUGUGACGUAUGAUUUUGGACACGUUACUGAAGAUGUG